GCCACCAUCUGUGCCCGAGUGAAGCAGGAGUCAGGUGAUGGUGCGAACCCAAUCGACUGGGACCGGUUUCUCUUCCUCUGUACGCAAGAGUAUCGCAAAGCUCGAUGCAUCGCGUCACAGCGGAAGGAGCGAAAGGGCAACCAGGGGAUCCUGACGGCCUUCUCCCAGCUGGUUUCGAACACCUGGGGCGUCAGUCUACAGGAAGCCUUCGCCCACUUUGAUGUGGAGGGCAGUGGGGUGAUCUCCUUCGACAACUUCGCGCAAGUUGUGGCCAACGACCUUGCAUACGAGGGUGCGGCCAAGGACCUCUGGGACAUCCUCGAUGUACAAAGCAAGGGCUACCUGGAGGAGGAGGAGUGGUCCCAGCUCGGCACAUCGGAGCAGGUCGAAGGAAGCGCUCCCACCGAGGACAAGUCGUUGCCCUCUGGCUGGGAUGCGGACCUUGGGCCAGAAGAAAGUCAAGCACUUCUCCAGGAAGCUCGAGAGGUGGCCGCACGUCUGACGAACUCCCUGGCCGAGCGGGGCGCUGGGGAGGCCGACCCCGAUGAGGUCUUCGGCUGGGCUCUCCGUGUGGUUCUGAAGCGUCACGGCCAGCCGCUGCCAGAAACGAAGCGGUCUCCUUCCACACCAGGCUUGGGCAAGCGCACUGAGAAGCCGCGAGAUGCGGCGUCGGCGUAUGCGAGUCUGGAGGAUCUUGGCCAGGCAUGGUCCGGGUUCCAUGAAGGCCGUGAUCACCAAGCGGUUGAAGGGGAGGACGAGCAGAGGGACCUGGAGGCCAUCGUGCGGAAGCAGCUGUCUCUAUCGACCGAGGAGCUCGUUUGGGAGGCGCUUGCAGAGGCCACGGGCGGUGGUCAGGAUUCCGAGCUGACGAGUCUGGCGGAGGUGCUCGUCAACGAAUUCCUGCUGGUCACUGAUGCGCUGAUGGAAGCCUUGGUUUCCGGAAACAUCGAGAACUGGUUGACGACCCUCGGCAUUGAGGCGCCGGGAACGGAGAGCCAGAAAGAGCAAUUCCAGGCUCUCACAGACGAGCUGCAAGGCGUGCUUGCGACCCAGGAAGAAGGCAACGAGGACUCCGUCGCCCACGUCUGCCGCCUCACCGUUGCUGCGCCAGAGCUUCGGGAGCUCUGCGUGGCACGGACGACCGAGUUGCUGCAGGUAGCGUUCCGACAAUCCACUGCUAUUUUUUGCUCCUGUCCUUCGGAUUUUUGCAAGAGAGUUUAUGUUACUCUGCAGAGCAUCACUGUCCGCUAA